CUCUCGCUCGAUCCUAGCGGCCAGCGUGCUGCGUCUGCAUUGCAAACGACCAAUUCGACGUUUUGGUCUCUUGUCCGAUCGAUCGAUAAUCCGAUAGAUAUAUAUAUAUAUAUAUAUAUAUAUCGUUGGCAUAUCACUGUACGACGCGAUCAACAUGAAGCAAAAGAUCGUGAUCAAGGUGAGCAUGCCGUGCGAGAAGAGCAGGUCCAAGGGCAUGGCGCUGGUGGCGAGGGUGUCCGGCGUGAGCUCGGUGGAGGUGACCGGCGACUGCAGGGACCGGCUGCAGGUGGUCGGCGACGGCGUGGACCCGGUCUGCCUGGUCCACUGCCUCCGCAAGAAGGUCGGCCACGCCGAGAUCGUGCAGGUGGAGGAGGUGAAGGCGGAGGAGAAGAAGCCCGAGCCCCCCAAGCCCGUGCCGUGCUACUACCCUCCUCCCUCCUGCUACUACGGCCACCACCAGGUGGUCGCCUGCGAGGAGCCGAGCCCCUGCUCCAUCAUGUAAUUAAUCACCAGACACCGAUCGAUUUUUUUUUUUGCACUGGUUUCUUCGUCAAUUACGUACACUUACAGAUCAUCGAGUGAAUGAAUUGAAUCAUAUCAAGCAAUUGAAAAUGUCGAAUCGUAUCCUCCAGAGAGAGAAAAUUCACAGCACGAUUAUCUGCGUCCUCGUGAAGUUCGGACAGGGACGUGAUUUUUUGUAAAGAAAAAGGCAUGAUAUAGUAUUAUCAUGACGAAA